CACACACACACACACACACACACACACACACACACACACACACACACACACACACACACACACACACAGGCUUCUACCGUGGACGGCUCGCAUCUUCUCCUCCUGUUCCUGUCCGGUUUGGUUACAGGAUCUUUGAAGUGUCCGUUUCCUCGUUUCUGACGUGGAUAAAGUGAGAGGCGCGAGCGUAGUGGAAGGGUUUGUGUGCCCUGCGCUCUAAACAUGCCAAGGUCUUUCCUGGUGAAGAAGGUAAAGCUAGAUGAUUUCUCAUGCGCAGAGCUGGAGAGCGCUUAUGGCAGGUCAAGAUCUGACCUGAACCUGCGGAUCCACGAAAAAGGUUACAUUAGGGACUACAUUACUCCGGCGGUGUAUGAUGCAGAGACUGAUGGUGCCGUUAAGGUUCCCUCUCCGGAGCCUCUGUAUGAUGGCGCGCACAGUGAUUACCAGGCGGACAGCCCACGAUCGGACACCACGGGUGGCUCGAUCAACGGCGACACAGCAGUGAGUGGAGGCUACACGGCGCACGCCUUCUUCAUCACGGAUGGCCGCUCACGGCGCAGGGCGGCCGGAGGAGCGCGCAGUCCACCUCGCCACACGUGCACUGAGUGCGGCAAGUCAUACGCCACGUCAUCGAACCUGAGUCGCCACAAGCAGACGCACCGCAGCCUGGACAGCAAGAUGGCAAAGAAGUGCCCGACCUGCGGCAAGGUGUAUGUGUCCAUGCCGGCAAUGGCCAUGCACGUCCUCACGCACGAUCUACGGCACAAGUGCGAUGUUUGUGGCAAAGCGUUCAGUCGUCCUUGGCUGCUGCAGGGCCACAUGCGUUCUCAUACGGGAGAGAAGCCUUUCGGCUGCGCGCACUGCGGGAAGGCGUUCGCCGACCGCUCCAACCUGCGCGCGCACAUGCAGACUCACUCGGCCUUUAAACACUUCAAGUGUGCGCGCUGCAGCAAGACGUUCGCGCUCAAGUCGUAUCUGAACAAACACUACGAGUCGGCGUGCUUCAAGGGCGCGCUCUCGCCGAUCCAAGCGUGAUUUCGCCGGGCAAAGCCUCGGCUCUUCUAGACGUUUUUGAACCUAAGGGAAUACUAAGGCUUCGUUUGCUGUUCAGAGUUCAGUGCUGAAAGUGCAGCGGGGAAGAGUUCCUGCACAUUGAAGGUUUGAGUGACACAAUGCUGUUAAAUAACUUUUUUUUCUUAUCACUUGAUAUUAUUAUACUGCUGCAAGUGACCCCGCGAUG